AUGAGACUGGGAACGUUAACGAAUCUGAAACGGCAUUGCAGGACGACGACUCUCAGCGAUAUCCUAUCCCAUUCGAGUGAACAUCCCUAUACGUUCGAGGCUUUUGUGGAUUUCCUUGCUAGGAAUCAUUGCCUUGAAACGCUCGAGUUCAUCUCUGAGGUGAAGCACUACGGUGAGAGCUAUAACCUGUCACUAGCUCGUUUCAGCGUGUCAGGUGAAGACCCCUAUGAAAAUCAAGAUUCGUAUGUCUUCAGGGAAUGGCAACAUUUAAAGGACGCAUAUAUUAUUCCCAAUGCUCCGCGUGAGAUCAACAUACCAGGGUGGAUGCGAGACACUUUAAUGGAAAUCACACCUGGGGUUCCUUGCCCCCCACCGAUCUUACUGGAACCCGUCCUUCAUUAUGCAUACGAAAUGCUUGCAGAAGAUGCAGUAUUACCCUUCAUUCGAUCGUUAGCGGACAUAGCCGACACAAACGGUCCUGGACACCCACGAAACCGACGGAAUUCAUAUGAACCGCCACAUGUUAUAAGGCCGUUGGAUGAAACAAUAACGCUCUCAUCAGCGUACCUCUCUUCAAUCCUCAGUGGAUGA